GAUAUUGACGGUGCAGCAGGGCGAAAAGCGUCUCGACGAAGAGCGGACUGGAUUCCCGACAAAGUCCGGAAAUAUUGACAAUGGGCCUUUAUGAAAAGCGGCCGGGGUGCAGAGGGUCGGAAAGCAGUGGAGGGGGCCGGCAGAAAAGACACCAAGGCGGCCGGGCUUGCUGAGACGUACCUAUAUGUGGUUGAGGGCUGCACUCGGGAUUCGAAGACACGGCAGGAGCACGAUUGGGCUGUGUGGGUGAGACGGCGGCGACGAUUGAGGGCCUGGGAAGCAGCGGUCUGUAUGUUUUUUCGCGCGUUGAGCUCAGGGUGGCAGGUUGGGCGGGCCAAUGCAGGUCGCGGCGGGCGGGUCGAGAAGCAGCCAACCACGGGCCACCGCUCGGCAAGGGGCUCACCGCGCGCUGACGGGCACCGAGUGCACGCCAAAGGCCGCGAGCACCUCGAAAUAACAGCGCCGCCGGAGUCGCUGGGGUCGCACGCCCGCAGUCGCCCUCGCACGCAGAGUCGCAGCAUCGCCGCACUUCUCCGGGCACAUUCCGACAGGUGUGGCGGCGACGCUGCGCUGUUGGAUACACGGCUCCCCUUUCACCGCUCCGAGAAGUGGCUUAGUGCCGCGCUCGGCCUUACCCCAACAAUCCAGCAGACGAGCAGGGACCUCAACACCGAAGAAACACAGGAGCCCCAAUCUUCGGAAAGCGUCACCGCGGCCUUUACCACCACCGCUCCCCCAUCAGCACCAGCCUUAUUGCCCGUACGCAGCUCUGCCGGCCCUUGGCGCAGCCUCAAUAAGCCACUCUCCGCAGAUUGACCAUUGACCCUCCCUGACCUCGCUUUCCACCUCCUCCGGCCACAAUGCCUUCCGCCGUACCAGUCAACGGGACCACGCCCCAGCAGGCCGCCACCUCGACC